UGUUUUGGGAAGGCAAGGAGAUUUGUUAGAAAAGGCCGAGAAGAACUUUACGUCAGUUUGAGAUUAAAUAUGCAUAUGAUAGACUCUCUCCCAGACCCUGCUAUAUCAGGAAUUAUAGAAGAGGAAAGUUUUACUUAUGACAGCACUGAAGCACCUGCAAAUUCCACAACUCAUACGCCUACCCGAGGACUUUCAUUUUCACAAGAUCCAGAAAUUUCACACGAAACUGUACAUCAUCGACGUGACUCUGUCUCUGGACCUCAUUUAGAAAAAUUUCUUAAACUGAUCAAUACGAUUGAUUUUCCGACAGAUGUUAUGUGCUGUAAAUUUACACCUGAUGGUUCAAUGCUGGCUGUUGGUCUAAUUGAUGGGAAAAUUUUGGUAUACAACCACCUUGAAAACCAAUUAUUAUACAGUCUACGAGAUGAAGAUAUAGAUAACUUUCAUCUACCCGUCACACAGAUUAGAUUCCCUGUUUUCCCAUGUACUGGAGUGAUAGAGGAUGAUAAACUACUGGCAUCAUAUGCAUCAGGACAUAUAAAACUAUGGGACUACACCACUGGUUCUUGUCUAAAUACAAUGACAGAAAACAGACAGUCACUGAACGUGACAUACAGUUCUGACGGCAUACGCUUCGUCACCACUGGAGAAACACCCGAACUGUUUGUGUAUGAUAGAACAACAAGGAAGAAAAUACUAACAUUAGAACCAAGCAUAUCAACUCUUUCUUUUUCUCCGAUUGACACUCAUCAGAAGUUAGACGGCCAUUGUUUUCGAGUAUUUGCAGCUCAGUACCACCCUGAUGAACCACAUCUUUUUCUUUCUGGAGGCUGGGACGACACAGUGCAUUAUUGGGAUGACAGAAAGAAGCAUUCCAUUAGAUCAAUAAGUGGUCCCCAUAUAUGUGGUGAUGCAAUAGACAUUGAUCCUAUUGGUAAAAGAGCUGUAUUAACUGGUUCAUGGAGGAGAAAAUGUCCAUUGGAGGUUUGGGAUUUUGAUACUGGAAGAAAGAUGAAAGAUAUUCCCUCUGAGCCUUUGUGUCAUUGUCAGCUUUACUGUUGUCAGUGGUUGGCUAAGGAGAGCGUUCUAUGUGGAGGGUCUGAUGGCAACAUGGCAAAAGUAGUAAACUGGUCGACAUUAAGUACCAAAGGCUUACUGACAGAUCUUCCCCAAGGAGUUUACUGUAUAGACAAUGAUAAAAUAGGCAAUAAACCACUAAUGGCUGUCGGUAGUAAAAGUAGAAUUUAUGUUAUGAAACCUGAGAAAGACUUUUAAACAAAAGAUGGCUGUGUGUGGAUGUUGAUGGGAAAUACAGAUAGUUUUCACUUGUGAUGAAUGCAGACUAAAAUUACUGUUUGUUAUAUAUUUUUGGGGACUUGAAUAUCGAAUUGAAUAUCUUAAAUUUUAUUGAAUUUAUGUAAAAAAAAAUAAGUACUUUUUUUAUGAUCUACUCUUGAUUUGCUAUGUCUAUGCUUCUUUAAAGCAUAUGUCAAUACAUUCAAUGCAAUAGGAAAAUGAAUAUCUUAUCUUUCAAAUUUUGUAUUAUAUAAAAGAUAUGUAAUAUUUUGCCUUUGAGUCAAAGUUUUGUAUUUUGAGUUCCAGAAAUUAUCUCCCUUUAAGAAUAUAGUUAUGAGUUAUCUUUCUUUAGUAUAGUUAUGAGUUAUCUCCCUUCAUCAUAUUGAUGUAGGUUUGAGUAUUAUAAAGUUCUGAAAGUCUUUUACACAGAAAAAAAAUAUCAACAGUGAUCUCUAUAGAAAGAAAAAUUGUCACAUAUACAUUUUUUUUAUAUAUGCCCUUUGUAUGCAUAACUAAAAUUUCUGUAAAGAGGGUUUUGGAUGAUAAUGAAUUGUGAAAAGAGUUUUAACUAUUCAGUAUGCACUUUAUUAACUUAAACUUGGCUUCAUCAGCUGGUAACCAUUGAAUUUUACGCAAAAUAAGAUUGUUACAUGAAGAUGCGCAUAUAAUAUGGCUUUUUGUUUCAUUUACAAAUCCAAGGGGCAGGCCCCUUUGCACUUAUAUUUUUUUUUUAUAUUUCUCAUUUUGCUCUUUGUUAAUGCAAAAUCUCAUAAAUGCUUUCAUCUGGGCAAAUUCACAAACAGGAGACAACUUUGCUGGCAGCGUCACCAACAUAUAAUUUUGUGAUUAUGUCAUUUUAAAGCAAAUCAUUCGCAGUAGGCCAAUGACAUUAGGUAUGCAGAUGUAUUAUCAUUUGCACUUCUCAUAUCCAUGGAGAUUUUUUUAAUCAACCAAUCAGUCAUGCUAUAUUUAUUGAAACUUUGCAUAAUAAACAUGGUAAGGUUUGUGAUUAGGUUGGGCCAAGAUGAGCCGCUAACUGUUAGUCAAUGAUUUUAGGUUGCAGUUUUAUUAGCAUUUUGAGUCUCAUUUCCAUGGAUAUUAUUUGGCUCAGCAGCUCAGCCUUGAAAACUUUUCAUCGUUUACAUGUUCAUGUUCAAUCCACCAUUUUCUACAUUAGAAAAUGCCUGUACCAAGUCAGGAAUAUGACAGUUGUUAUCCAUUCGUUUGAUGUGUUUGGACUUUUGAUUUUGCCUUUUGAUUUUAGAUUUUCUUUUUUGAAUUUUCCUCGGAGUUCAGUAU